AUGAAAAGAGCCAAUGCUGAUGCCCUGCUGGUAGAGAAGCUGAACCACUUUGAGGUUAAAAGACCUGUCUCUGUGGCUGUAGCUCAAAGGGCCUCUAAUCUCCAGCCACUCACCCUGCAUGAACAUCAAGUGAAAGCUGUGCUGAAGGCCGUAAAUCCCAACAAAUCUGCAGGUCCAGAUGGAGUGCUGGGGAAAGUGGUAAAAACCUUUGCUGAUCAAUUAACAUGGGUCCUGACAAAGAUUUUUAACAUCUCCCUGCAACUGGCUAGAGUUCCAUCUUGCCUGAAAGCAGCCACAAUCAUUCCAGUUCCAAAGAAAGCGGCCAUAAACAGCAUGAAUGGCUAUAGACCCAUUGCACUGAUGUCUAUAGUGAUGAAAUGCUUUGAGAGACUGGUUCUACAACACCUCAAGUCUUGUCUUCCACUAAAUUUUGAUCAACACCAGUUUGCUUAUAGAAGCAACAGGUCGACAGAAGUCGCCAUUGCCACUGCUUUACAUACUGCAUUGAGACACCUUGAGAAAUCUGGGAACUAUGUCAGAAUGCUUUUUAUAGACUAUAGCUCGGCCUUUAAUACCAUCUUUCCAGGCAUUCUCAUUGAAAAGCUGACUGACCUGAAUUUCCCUCCCCUCAUUUGUAAUAUUCCUGACGGACUGUCCACAAACAGACCUCCAUCUGUCUCUAAAAUGGCUCUUCAGAGUUAUUUCAGCUGCUGGAAUGGAACAGUGAUCAAGUUGAGACGGGUGUGUGACUUCAUCAAAGAUUGUGCAGAUGGAGAAGAUGAAGGACAGAUAUGCAAAAACCUUCCUACUGGUUUCUAUUGCUCCUUUGAGGAUGGAGAGUGUGGUUGGACUCAAAGCUCAUCAACGUCACCAAAGGCCCAACUGUGGCAUAUUGGGAAUCCAGAAUAUCACCACUUUUGUUCACUGAAAGAAUGUGCCCUCCUGCUUAACACCAGUGAGAGUCCCAUUGCAGAGACAGUUAUGGUGACUAGUGCUGUAUUUCCAGCUCCAAUGAAGAAUUCUCCCUGUGAGCUUCAGAUAUCAUGGCUCCUCCAAGGCACAUUGCUUGGCGAUGUCUCCCUUGUCCUUGUUGAGAAUAAGACUGGAAAAGAGCAAAGCAGAAAGCUCUGGCACUUGAAUGACCAGAAAGGACUGGGAGUAUGGCAAAAGAUGAUCAGACCUCUCCCUGACGUUUUUGACAGAUUUUGGCUUCAGAUUAUUGCAUCCUGGAAAGCUGGAUCAGAAGCCAUCAUUGCCUUUGAUAAUGUGUCUCUCAGCCUGGACUGUUAUCUGACAAUCAAUGAAGAGAAGACAUAUCGACAUAACAGACCAGAUGCAGGCAAUCUGCUCUAUGAAAGAGGUAGGGGAGAAGGACAUUUUGAAGAAAAACCAACACAGUUUACUGUUCCAGUUGGCUUUGGAGAUAAUUGGGUAUUUAAUACCUGUGGUGCCACUGGAUCACAAGGGCCUACUCAGACCCAAUGCAAUGAUGCCUAUAGGAUCUCUAAUAUCAGUGUGCUGGUAGGAACAGAGGAACAUUUUCCUGGUGUACAGAUAUGGAGAGUUCCUGCAGACAAUACAUACAGCAUCUCAGGCUAUGGAGCAGCUGGUGGCAAAGGGAAAAACAGUAUGAUGAGAUCACAUGGUGUGAAUGUUGUGGGAAUAUUUCCACUCGAGAAGAAUGAUACCUUAUAUAUCUUGGUGGGACAACAAGGAGAAGAUGCUUGUCCCAGUAUCCAUCAUGCCAUACAGAAAGUCUGCCGUGGAGAGAAUAAUGUGGUUGAAGAUGAAAUUAAAGCAAAUGGAAGCAUCCAAGAAUGGGCAGGAGGAGGAGGUGGAGGAGGAGGUGCAACGUACAUAUUUAAGAUCGAGAACGGAAAGCCAGUGCCCUUGAUCAUUGCAGCAGGAGGAGGUGGCAGGGCCUACAGGGCCAAAGCCUAUGUAUUAAACCAGGAAAGGCUGGAGAACGAUAUAUCUAUUCCGGGGUUCAAUGGGAAAUCUGGAGCCGCAGGUGGUGGAGGCGGCUGGAAUGAUAACACUUCCCUCCUCUGGUCAGGAAAAUCGUUGCUGGAAGGCGCUACCGGAGGAAAAUCCUGCCCCCAAGCCAUGAAGAAGUGGGGGUGGGAGACAAGAGGGGGUUUCGGAGGGGGUGGAGGGGGGUGCUCCUCAGGUGGAGGAGGCGGAGGAUAUAUAGGUGGCAAUGCAGCAGAACAAAAUGACCCAGAGAUGGAUGGAGAGGAUGGUGUAUCCUUUAUUAAUAGCCAGUAUGGUUCACUCUUUACUCCUGCGUUAAAAGUGACAGAGGGGCAUGGUGAAGUCAGCAUUAAGCUAUAUUUGAACUGCAGUCAUUGUGAUCAUGAUAUGUGCCACGGAGAUUUGAAGACUCAGGAAAUUGUUUGCAUUUGUGGCUAUGGAUACGUGUUGGCUAAUGAUGGUGUCUCUUGCAUAGAUGAACUGAUCCUGCCCACCAAGAAUCCUCCUCUUUCUUUGGUCUUGUCAGUAGUGACUUCAGCUCUGGUUGCUGGUCUUAUUCUAGCCUUCUCAGCGGUUAUGAUAGUGUAUCGGCAGAAACACCACCAAGAGCUACAAGCUGUGCAGAUGGAGUUACAGAGCCCUGAGUACAAGCUGAGCAAGCUACGCACUUCCACAAUUAUGACAGACUAUAACCCCAAUUACUGCUUUGCAGGAAAAACUACUUCCAUUAGUGACCUCAAAGAGGUGCCCCGGAAAAAUAUUUCUUUGAUAAGGGGUCUAGGCCAUGGAGCUUUUGGGGAAGUGUAUGAAGGCCAGGUGAUUGGGAUCCCCACUGACCCCACUCCUCUUCAAGUGGCUGUAAAAACAUUGCCAGAGGUUUGCUCAGAGCAAGAUGAGCUGGAUUUCCUGAUGGAAGCUCUUAUAAUAAGCAAGUUCAAUCACCAGAAUAUUGUACGCUGCAUUGGAGUGAGCUUACAGGCUCUGCCUCGCUUUAUUUUGCUGGAGCUUAUGGCUGGAGGAGACUUGAAAUCUUUCCUGAGGGAGACACGGCCAAAGCCGACCCAUCCCUCCUCAUUAACCAUGCUGGAUUUGCUCCACGUAGCUCGUGAUAUUGCUUGUGGUUGUCAGUAUUUGGAAGAAAAUCACUUCAUUCACAGAGACAUUGCUGCUCGAAAUUGCCUCCUUACUUGUAAAGGUCCUGGAAGAAUAGCUAAAAUUGGAGAUUUUGGGAUGGCCAGGGACAUAUACAGAGCCAGCUACUACAGAAAAGGAGGGUGUGCAAUGCUGCCUGUCAAAUGGAUGCCACCUGAAGCCUUCAUGGAAGGGAUAUUUACAUCAAAAACAGAUACCUGGUCAUUUGGAGUGUUGCUAUGGGAAAUAUUCUCGCUUGGAUAUAUGCCCUAUCCCAGCAAAAGUAACCAGGAGGUCCUGGAAUUUGUCACAAGUGGAGGAAGGAUGGAUCCACCCAAAAACUGCCCUGGGCCUGUGUAUCGAAUAAUGACCCAAUGCUGGCAACACCAGCCUGAAGACAGGCCAGACUUUGCCAUUGUUCUGGAGAGGAUUGAAUAUUGCACCCAGGAUCCUGAUGUCAUCAAUACGGUUCUGCCCGUGGAGUAUGGUCCAUGCAUUGAAGAAGAAGAAAAGGUUCCUGUGCGUCCUGAAGAUCCUGAAGCAAUUCCUCCUCUGUUAGUGUUGCCGCAGCGAGAUAAAAAGGGUGCUGAGCAGCUCCUGCCUUCCCCGUCCUCUCUCCCUUUUGUCAUUCCAGCAGGCAAAGCUCUCAUGAACGCAGCUGCUGUUGAGCCAAUUACCCAGGCCAACAUCCAGACUUCCCUAGAAGGGGGACAUGUCAACAUGGCAUACACUCAAUCAAUUCCUGCAACAGAGCUCCACAAAACCCGGGGAUCCAGAAAUAAGCCUACCAACCUCUGGAACCCAACAUAUGGCUCUUGGUUUUCAGAGAAGCCAGUUGUCAAAAAGACUUCUCAGCUGGAAAAAGAGGCAAUAGAGCAGGAAGAUUCAAGACAUGAAGGCAGCUGUACUUUGGGGCCCAGCAUAAUGGCUGGAAGGCUGCCAAGCUCUUCCCUUCUUCUAGAACCAUCUUCACUUACAGCCAGUGUUAAGGAAGUGCCUCUCUUCAGGCUUCGCCAUUUUCCUUGUGGCAAUGUUAACUAUGGAUACCAACAGCAAGGCCUUCCCUUGGAAACCUCAGCCCCACCUCUGUGCCAGCAGUUACGAGGACCUUCACCUUAG